AUGGCAUCAGCACCAGUAGUAGGAGGAGGAGGUCGAGGAGGAGGGGAGCCUCCUCUUAUCUACGAAGCUUCUGCUGGAAGCACGCAUCUGCAAAGCACGGGCAGGCUGCCAGAGGAAGUAGCGCAGUGUUUAGGGAAUGCACGGUUUCUCCACCUCGCAACAUGCACAGCCCUGCACCCCCACGUCUCCCUCAUGAACUACACGUACCUGCCCGCAGGCAGCUCGCCCUACACGUCCUCGCCCACCAUCAUCAUGACGACGAACCCGGCGUCGAAAAAAAGCACGAAUCUAGUGCGGAACCCGCAUGUGUCGCUGCUGGUGCACGAUUGGGUUAGUCAUCGGCCGCCUACGACGUCCCGAGGCGGGACGGGUACUUCACCGGAUCGCGGUGUGGGGACGGGACGCGGGGAGAGGGGGGCGAGUUCCCUGGCGGCGUUGCUGGCGGGGUUGAAUACGAGCGAGCUGAGUAGUAUUAGUGUUACGAUUUAUGGGGAGGCGAGGUUGGUGGAUGAGGGGACGGAGGAGGAGGGGUUUUAUAGACAGAGGCAUUUGGAGAAUAAUACGUUUGGAGAUGGUGAGGGGAGGUGGGAGAGGGAGAGGGAGAGAGAGAGGGAUAGGGAUAGGGAUAGGGAUGUAGAGGGGUGUGAUGGGGGGCGGGAGAGCUUUAUCGAGGGGGAGGGCGUGAGGGUCGUGGCGGUUGGAAUUACGGAUGGGAGGGUAUCGGAUUGGAAGGGUGCGGUUAGGGACUGGACGUUGAUCGGGGGUGGAGAUGGAGGAGGGGAGGGGAACCAUGUAGGUGCGGAGGGACUGGUUAAUGGUGUUCAGGGGAGCUGA